AUGUCGACCAGCCCUUCGGACUUCUUGAAGAUGGUGCCUCUACCGAGCAUCGAAAGGCCAUUUGGCGUACACUUAUGGCCCAUCUUCGAUAAAGCCUUCACCACAUUGAUGGGCUACCAUCCACAAGACUUCGCUUUCGAGCCCCGCGUGACACCCAUGUCGACAUUGAAGCAGACGGCUAUUAUGAUCACCCUAUACUACACUGUGAUCUUUGGGGGCCGGGAGUUAAUGCGCAACCGUCCGGCGUUCAAGCUGAACGGACUGUUCAUGAUUCACAACUUCUACCUGACGAGCAUCAGCGCCAUCUUAUUGGUGCUCUUCACUGAGCAACUGAUUCCGACUGUCUAUGAGCAUGGCAUCUUCUAUGCCAUAUGCGACGUUAAAGGUGGAUGGACUCCACCUUUGGUUAUACUCUACUAUCUCAACUACCUUACGAAAUACCUCGAAUUGAUCGAUACUGUGUUCCUGGUUGCGAAGAAGAAGCCAUUGACUUUCCUACACUGCUACCACCAUGGCGCAACUGCCCUGCUCUGCUACACCCAACUGAUCGGCUUGACAUCUGUCUCAUGGGUUCCAAUCACACUGAACUUGAUGGUCCAUGUUGUUAUGUACUGGUACUACUUCCAGAGCGCUCGCGGCAUCAAGAUCUGGUGGAAGGAAUGGAUUACCCGUCUGCAGAUCAUUCAGUUCGUCAUUGACCUUGGGUUCGUCUACUUUGCGUCCUACACCUAUUUCACCUCGACGUACUGGCCAUGGAUGCCGAACGCUGGCAAUUGCGCCGGAGAAGAGUUUGCCGCUUUCGCAGGCAUGGGCAUAAUCAGCUCGUACCUCCUCCUCUUCAUCUCCUUCUACCUCGCAACCUACAAGAAAGACGGAAAGCGACCCACAAGCCGAAAAGCGGCUCGCUCCCUGAAAGACGCCCAAGUCCCUGAUGUCGCAACCCUGAUGUCUGGCGCAGGCGUGAAUGGGAAUGCGAAUGGAAAGACGCAGAAUGGCCAUGCCACAUCUACCGGAACCCCUGGUCGCCCAGUCACAAGAUCUCGCAAAGCAUAG